GGGGCUGGGGCUGGUGUGUGUUUAGAGGACUGCCUGUAAUAGACAUCUCUCUGUGCGUAGGCGUGGAAGGAUGCCGGGCUCCCGCUCUCAGCCUCGAGCAACGAGGCCUGCAGGAUGUUUGAUGCCACCCUGACCCAGUAUGUAAAAUGGACCAACGACCAGAGUCUUGGCGGCAUUGAGGGCUGCCUGUCAAAGCUCAAAGCAGCAGAUCCGACCUUCGCAAUGGGCCAUGCCAUCGCUAAUGGCCUCGUGCUGAUUGGCACCGGAAGAUCUGUGAGGCUGGACAAAGAGCUGGACCUGGCUGUGAAGACCAUGGUGGAGAUUUCCAAAACGCAGCCACUGACGCAGCGGGAGCGGCUGCACGUGUCUGCAGUAGAGACCUUUGCCAAGGGAAACUUUCCGAGAGCCUGUGAACUGUGGGAAGAGAUUCUCCGGGAUCACCCAACGGACAUGUUGGCCCUGAAAUUCUCCCACGAUGCCUAUUUUUACCUGGGCUACCAGGAACAGAUGCGAGAUUCUGUGGCUCGAGUUUAUCCCUUCUGGACACCUGACAUCCCCCUGAGCAGCUAUGUGAAGGGCAUCUAUUCUUUCGGAUUGAUGGAAACCAACUUCUAUGAUCGGGCGGAAAAGCUUGCCAAAGAGGCUCUGUCUAUUAACCCGACGGAUGCAUGGUCAGUGCAUACCGUGGCCCAUGUUCACGAGAUGAGAGCAGAGGUCCAGGACGGGCUGGAGUUCAUGCGGCACUCAGAAACCCACUGGAAGGACUCUGACAUGCUUGCUUGUCACAAUUACUGGCACUGGGCUUUGUAUCUGAUUGAAAAGGGCGAAUACGAGGCCGCGCUGACCAUCUGCGAUGACCACAUCCUCCCCAGCCUGCGGGCCAGCGGUGCGAUGCUGGAUGUGGUGGACAGCUGCUCCAUCCUCUACCGGCUGCAGAUGGAAGGGGUGCCUGUGGGUGAACGGUGGCAGGACGUCUUGUCCGUGACCCAGAAGCACAGCCGAGACCACAUCCUGCUCUUCAAUGAUGCACACUUCCUGAUGGCGUCCCUGGGCGCUCGGGACCCUCAGACCACACAGGAGCUGCUGACCACCCUGCAGGAUGCCAGCGAGUCCCCAGGGGAGAACUGCCAGCACCUCCUGGCCCACGAUGUGGGGCUGCCUCUGUGCCAGGCCCUGGUGGAGGCCCAGAACGGGAACCCCGACCGUGUCGUGGAACUGCUCCUGCCCAUCCGCUACCGGCUUGUCCAGAUCGGAGGCAGCAACGCCCAGAGAGACGUCUUCAACCAGCUACUGAUUCACGCGGCCUUAAACUGCUCGUCCGGCGUCCACAAGAACGUGGCCCGGAGCCUUCUGAUGGAGCGAGAUGCACUGAAGCCCAACUCACCCUUGACUGAGAGGCUUAUCCGAAAGGCAGCCGCCGUCCACCUCCUGCAGUGAGCCAGGCCUGGCGCCUGCCCGGUGGAGCCCCUCAGCGGCCUCCCCCGCCAUCAGACCAGCUGCCCCUCUGGCUUCACAGGGUUACAAGUAGCUAGAGCAGCAUUACAGGAAGAGGGACUCAAAUCAAUUUUCAAAGUGAUUCAGAAUCUUCUUCAAAUCCUUGUUAAGGGUCAAGGUGCAGUUGUAAGCAAUCAGAACCGAUGUGGGUGGUCUUGCCUUGGAACUUGUAUUUUUCCAUCUUCAAGCUUCCCUGGGGGGAUUAGUGGCGUGGAUUUGAGCUUGUUUUCCCUUUAUUCUAAACUGCACAUUGUAAAGGGGCCUUGGGCACACGAUUUCCCUUGUCAACCAUGAUUUUAAUCAUACGAAUGCACGCUCAUGGAGUUGGUGUGCUUUCUGGGGUAUAAGGCUGCAGCUCAGGGGUUGCCCUGUUGUGGCAAAAACCAAAGCAUUUAACAAGAUCUGAGCUUUUUAAACAAGAGUUUUUUAAACACUGCCUCGGUCUCCUCCUUCCCCAUGGGUAACCUGGCCCCGGUGCCCUUCCACCCCCUGAGCAAGCGGCAGGUUUCAGUAGAAUGUGCCAACUCAGUCGUGCUGUGAGGGGUGAUUCCAGCUCACAUAUGUUUCUCAGGUUCCUUCAGUGCAAACUGAAAUUUGGUGGGGACUCACAGGGGCAGGGAGGGGGCAGGUCUCCUGGGAGGCAGUGGAUGCCUCCAAAUCGAUUCAACAAAUUCCUGGGAUUAAAAUAAAUUGUUAAUUGCUUCCUU